CAAAAGAAAUUCCAUAAACCCUAAUCCAUCCAUGUAUACCAAAUUUCUUUGAAGAAGCCGAUAAUCGACCAAACUCCAAUAGCCAGCAGAGGUGGCAAUUUGGCAGAAACUCCGACCUUUUUUCGCCCAACUAGAAUCAACAAAACAAUCAAACACUUCCAAAACCUUCAGGUAAGGAAGAACCAUAGUGGCAGUCUCAAUAUACACUCCAGCGUCGGAUUCUGCGCUGCUAAGCUCGUAGCCCGUUAAUGGAUCGAGACGCUUCUUUUCUGUUCGCUGGAACGCAUUUCAAUCGCAAGAAGUUUGCGGAUGUUUUUGAUAGAUUCAAGGAGAAAAAAGAAAGUGAUGAACCACCAGAGAAGCUGAAUUUCAUUGAGGAUGGAAGUCCUCAGAAAGAGGAGCAUACAUCAAAUCGGGUUAGUAAGAAAAGGAAGAGAAAGGGAGCAGUUUCAGAUCCAGUUGAAGGAUUCAAUGUCUUCACGAGUUCUAAAUCCAAAACAAAAGCUGAAGGAGAAGGAAAGGAGAAUAUUCGAAGUAAAAUUUCAGAGGGAAAAAAGGAAUACUAUAGGCAGUUGGAGACAUCUAGAGGGAUGCAAUUUUCUGGAAGGAACACAAUAUCCAUGUUUCUGGGAGCAACGUUCCUUCAUGUCUACGGAGCUUUAAAGAGUUAAAAUCAAGAUUUGGAGCUAAGUCUUACCUCUUGCACAAUUUGGCAAAACUGGGAUUUAAAGAGCCAACACCAAUCCAAAGGCAGGCAAUUCCAAUCAUCCUAGCGGGACGGGAGUGUUUUGCAUGUGCACCAACUGGUUCAGGAAAAACAUUUGCAUUCGUCUUCCCAAUACUCAUGAAGAUGAAGCACACUUCCAAAGAUGGAGUCCGAGCUGUAAUUCUUUGCCCCACAAGAGAGUUAGCUGCUCAGACAGCAAGAGAAUGCAAGAAGUUGACCAGAAGAAAGGAAUUUCAUAUCAAACUGAUGACUAAACAGAUCACGAAAACUGCCGACUUUUCAGUACUGCAUUGUGAUAUACUCAUAUCAACACCAUUUCGCUUACAAUAUGCUAUUAAGAACAGAAAGCUUGAUUUAAGCAGGGUCGAAUUUCUUGUCUUGGAUGAAGCUGAUAAGCUUUUUGAGCUGGGAUUGAUGGAGCAGGUUGAUUCAAUUUUCAAAGCUUGCUCAAAUCCUUCAAUCUUGCAUCUACUGUUCAGUGCUACUUUACCGGAUGAGGUUGAAAAUAUUGCACGGACAAUUAUGCAUGAUGCUGUUCGAGUUAUCAUAGGCCGGAAAAAUUCUGCAUCUGAAACAAUAAAGCAGAAACUGGUCUUUGUAGGAAGUGAAGAAGGGAAACUUAUUGCUCUUCGUCAAACUUUUUCAGAGAGUUUGAACCCACCAAUUCUAUUAUUUGUUCAAAACAAAGAGAGGGCGAAGCAGCUGUACAAUGAAGUGAAGUUUGACGACAUUCGAGCGGAUGUAAUACACUCUGAUCUCUCCCAAGGACAGGCAAACAAUGCUGUUGAUAACUUCAGAGUGGGUAAAACGUGGGUUUUAAUCGCGACUGAUGUAAUUGCUCGUGGUAUGGAUUUCAAAGGGGUCAAUUGUGUCAUUAACUAUGAUUUCCCAGAUUCGGCUUCAGCAUACAUUCACAGAAUUGGACGGUCCGGGAGAGCAGGAAGGAGCGGGGAGGCUGUUACCUUCUACACAGAAGCUGAUGUUCCCUUUCUGAGGAACAUAGCUAAUGUUAUUAAUGCAUCUGGAGGUGAGGUUCCUGGCUGGAUUAUGUCUAUGACUAAGAAAAAAUGGAGGAGGCACAGACCACAAAGAGAAUCCAUCUCGGUACAACCUGAAAACUGACAUAUUAAGCCCCCAACUUUGCGUGGAAGGAAGUUUUGUUUUGAUUUGUUAACUUUAAUUAAUUCAUAUGGUAGUGUUCAUCAAGUAGACAAUACAUGAAUACUGUUCAUCAUGAAGUGCACAUUGGGCAGAUUUAACAGUUUAUAUUGAUCUGACCUCUGCUUUUAUCCUCUUCUUGUUGAUAUGAAGAGCUUAUUGAAAUGUACUCCGUAUUACGUUUAUUGUUGUUUUUAUCAAUAUUACUAUUGCUAUUAUAUUU